UCAGAUAGGUAGUUAACCUGUUGAGGGGGUUCGCCAUUCAUUAUUCGUAACUCGUACCUCGUAACUCGUAACUCGUACCUAACUCUGAGGAUCGCAGGAGUUACUACCUUAUUCUUAAAUUGUUGUUAUUUCCGCUACUUUUUCAUCCUUGUUCUUAUUUCAAGGGAAGUAUUUGCGCUAAGAGAGAAGUGUACCUACGCGAGUCAACCUUGACGAUCGAUCGAUCGAUCAAUCAAUCAAUCAAUCAAUCAAUCAAUCCAGUUUCGAUUCGCGAGACCGAAUUACUGAUAUAUAUAUCCUCAUUCCGAUAUAAACAUCAAACACCCUCAUUAUUCUUCCCAAAGAAAAACCCCCGAAGAAAUCUCAUCACAAUGCUAUCCCCCCCACCCACAACAACAUACUGCAUCAUCUCCUUCCCGCGCCCUGAUAUACUCCUCGUCACACUGAAUCGACCCAAAUCCCUCAACUGCAUCAAUGUCGCCGGUCACGUCGAACUGCAUGAUAUCUGGGAAUGGUUUGAUGCAGAACCAUCGUUGAAAGUGGCCAUCUUCACAGGGAAAGGGAGGGCUUUUUGUGCUGGGGCUGAUUUGAAGGAAUGGAACCUCCAAACCACCACCACCACCACCAACAACAAACUAACAACCCCCCCAUCCGGUUUCGGCGGCCUAUCCCGGCGCAGCGGCAAGAAACCCAUCAUCUGCGCCAUCAACGGCCUCUGCUUCGGCGGCGGAUGCGAAAUCAUCAUCAACUCGGACCUCAACAUCGCCUCAUCACGAGCAGUUUUCGCCCUUCCGGAAGUCAAGCGCGGCGUCUUCGCUCUCGCAGGCGGACUACCUCGUCUUGUGCGGACGAUUGGUCGGCAGCGCGCGAUGGAGAUGGCUUUGACGGGUCGAACGGUCUCUGCAGAGGAAGCGGAGAAAUGGGGACUUGUGAAUGAGGUUGUGGUUGUGGGGGAGGGGGAUGAGGAGGAGGUGGUUUCGGAGAAGGUGGUGAAGAGAGCGGUGGAUGUUGCGGAGGGGAUUGCGGCGAAUAGUCCUGAUUCGGUGAUUGUGACGAGGGAGGGGAUUAAGAUGGGUUGGGAAGGGGUGGGUGCGGAGGAUGGGUCGAGGUUGUUGAUUGAUAAUUGGGAGAAGAGGUUGAAUGAGGGAGAGAAUAUGAAGGAGGGCGUGAAGGCGUUUGUGGAGAAGAGAGAGCCGAAGUGGGUGGAUAGUAAGUUGUAAAUUUGUUUGUUGAUAUGGUUUAUUGCAGCAGAAACCUACAUGGAGACACCCAGCGGGUAUAAAAUGAGCCGGAUGGAAUCUUAGGUUGUUUCGAAAGAGGAAAAGCAAGAAGAAAUAAAAUAUAUACUAUACCAUAUCAUAUUAUCACCAGAUUCUACAGCUAUCAUGACUCUAAACACGCAUAACUAUAUACUGAUCUAGAGGUAAUGCUCAUCAUACUUUGUUUCGUUUUCUCUUUCAAUUGAAAAAUAUCCAACGAAUAAGUUUCGUAACUAAUGAGAAUGUUUUAGUAUUGACUAAA